GUACAUAUUCCUACCAGCCUCCUUCCACCUCAGAACCUCCCAAACCCCCCAAACCCUAGCACAGUCGACAGAGAGGUUAAAGAGACGGCGACGUAUCGCUGUCCGCCUUGACCGAGCCCUCAGCUUCGUCUUGGCCCUCGAUUUUGCUUAGGCAACCUUCUGUAUAUCCAUUUCUUAGUUUUUUUUCCGAAAAAACCCAUAACAUCGUAGGAAAAUAAUGGGAAAACUUUCGAAGGCCGACAAGAAGAUCGCGUACGAUGGCAAGCUGUGCCAGCUGUUGGACGAGUACACCCAGAUCCUCUUGGUGGCGGCCGACAACGUCGGAUCCACUCAACUCCAGAACAUUCGCAAGGGUCUGCGUGGCGACUCCGUUGUGCUCAUGGGCAAGAACACCAUGAUGAAGCGCUCCAUCAGGAUCCAUUCUGACAAGACCGGCAACACCACCUUCCUCAGCCUCAUUCCCCUUCUUGUGGGCAACGUCGGGCUGAUUUUCACCAAGGGUGAUUUGAAGGAGGUCAGCGAGGAGGUCGCCAAGUACAAGGUUGGAGCACCAGCUCGUGUUGGUUUGGUUGCUCCAAUUGAUGUUGUUGUCCCUCCUGGCAACACCGGACUCGACCCUUCUCAGACAUCUUUCUUCCAGGUUCUCAACAUCCCAACCAAGAUUAACAAAGGUACUGUUGAAAUUAUCACCCCUGUUGAGCUUAUUAAGAAGGGUGACAAGGUUGGUUCCUCCGAGGCUGCCCUGCUUGCAAAGCUUGGCAUAAGGCCAUUCUCUUAUGGUCUUGUUGUCCUAUCUGUUUAUGACAAUGGGUCGGUCUUCAGCCCUGAGGUACUUGAUCUGACUGAGGAUGACCUUAUUGAGAAGUUUGCUACUGGUAUCGCCUUGGUUACUUCAUUGUCUCUGGCUAUCUCGUACCCAACCCUAGCAGCUGCACCACAUAUGUUUAUCAAUGGCUACAAGAAUGUUCUUGCAAUUGCUAUUGCCACGGAGUAUUCCUUCCCCCAGGCAGAGAAAACUAAGGAGUUCCUAAAGGAUCCAAGCAAGUUUGCUGCUGUUUUUGCGGCUGUUGCAGCACCUGAUUCUGGUGCGGCCCCUGCAGCUGCUGCUGCCAAGGAGGAAGAGAAGAAGGACGAGCCGGCUGAAGAGUCCGAUGAUGACAUGGGUUUUAGUCUGUUCGAUUAAGUUCUUGUUGGUUAUGCUUUUAUUUUAGGACGCUUUCAUUUACUUUUGGAUUUGAGUGCCCGAGUUUAUUAUUAAUGUAUUUUUGUUGACGAUGUUUUGUCGGAGAAAUUCUCAAGUUUAAUUUUGCAUGGUACCUUUCAUUA